CAGCUAAUAUCUCAUACAUUACACAGAACAACAAUGGGGAUGAAACUGUUCAACGAAGAAGACUCCUCCCUGAAUGUCGACGUUUCCAAUAUCGAAAUCAAUAAGGAAUUCGCUCGUCGAUAUGAGCACAACAAGAAGCGCGAGGCCCUUCAGAGAUACCAGGAGCUCAAGAAGAGAAGACAAAUUGAAGAAUCGGGUUCCGAAUCUGAAUCAGAAUCAUCGGACGAGGAAGACGAUGCUGCUAACAAGAAGGAAGAUAUUAAGAAGCUAUUCCAGAAUUUAAACAAGGUAAGGAAAAGAGACGAUUCUCUUUACCAAAAUGCCGAUCUUUUUGAGCCUGAGAGCGAUAGUGAUGAUGAAAGUGAAGGUAGGGAGCGGAAGAAGAAGAAAGCUAUGUACUUGAAGGAUGUUGUGGCUCAGCACCUGAUGGAGGAGGGGCCUGAUUUUGAAGAUGAAGACGAGGAGUUGACUAGGAAGAAAACUUACAACGAGGAACAAGAGGAAUUAAGGAGAGAAUUUUUGGAUGUGGUAAAGAAGGCAGAGGAUAGUGGAGGGGAUUUAUUGAAAGCAAAAGAGAAGAAAAAUGAAAAUGAUGAGGAUGCUGGUGUUGAUCAUGGAGAAUUAGAGAAGGAGUUGGGAGAGUAUUUUGGUCCAGAGGAGGAGUUGGAUGAGAAUGAUAAGUUUUUGAAGGAGUUCUUUGAGAAACAAAUGUGGGUUGAUAGAGGAAAUAAAGAUAGGACCAGUCAUUUGGAGGAUACUGAAGUGGAUGAAUUGUUGAGAGAUGAGGAGGAGAUUGAGAGGCAGGAGAAGUAUGAGGAGAGUUAUAAUUUUAGAUAUGAAGAGAAUGCAGGGGAUAGGGUGAUGGGACACUCAAGGAAAGUGGAAGGCUCAGUGAGGAAGAAGGAGAAUGCAAGAAAAGAGCAGAGGAAGAAUAAGGAGGAGAGGAUGAAGAUUGCUGAGAUGGAGAGGAAGGAGGAGUUGAAACAUUUGAAGAAUUUGAAAAAGAAGGAAAUGAAAGAGAGGAUGACGAAGGUAAUGGAGGCUGCUGGGAUUACGGAUGAUAAUGAUUUUGCAUUGAAUUUGGAUGAUUUAGAAGAGGAUUUUGAUCCGGCAGAGUAUGAUAAAAUGAUGAAGAAGGCUUUUGGUGAGGAAUAUUAUAAUGCAGAUGAUGUGGAUCCUGGAUUUGGAAGUGAUAAUGAUAAUGAUACAGCUUCUAUUGAGAAACCAGAUUUUGACAAGGAGGAUGAGUUACUUGGACUUCCAAAGGGGUGGGAUGAAGUUGAAGAUGCUGAUGGGUUUUUGGCUGUAAGAGAGAGGGUCUUGAAACGAAAGGCUGAGCUUGGUGAUGACGAUGAUGACAAUGAAGAAGAUGAAGACAGAGGCAAUGAAGAAGAUGAAGGAGGCAAUGAAGAAGAUGAAGGAGGCAAUGAAGAAGAUGAAGAAGGAGGCAAAGAAGUAGAGCAAAAUGAGGAAAGUAAACGGAAGAGGAAGCGAAAGAUGUCACUGGUGAAGAAAGCAAAGGAGGAAAUGUUGGAGGAGUAUUAUAAAUUGGAUUAUGAGGGUACGAUUGGAGACUUGAAGACAAGGUUUAAGUAUGCGAAAGUGGAUUCUAAUAGGUUUGGAUUAAAGACGAAAGAGAUAUUGAUGUUGGAUGACAAGGAGUUGAAUCAGUAUGUUCCUAUUAAAAAGCUUGCACCUUAUAGGGAGAGGCAGUGGAAGGUGCCUAAUAACAAGAGAUACGAAUUUAAAAAGAGGACUAAGGAGCUUCUCCGUGGAGGAUUGAAUCAUCAUGGGACCAGUAAGAAGAACAGGAGAAAGGGUGAUGGUGAUGACAAAUCAACUUCAGUUGAGGCUCCUCAUCAAGACGGGAAAGUAGAGUUGGAGGGUUCAGAUGUCAAAUUAGGCAACAUAUCUAAGCCAGCCAAGAGGAAGCGUCGCCAAGCAAAACACAAGCUCUCACAAUCACGACUUGCAGCAUACCAGAAUAUACAACCUAAGGGCAAAGAAAAGCACUGAGUGCAAGCCAUAUCUAAUGGAAGAUGUGCCAUAGAGGUGCUGAUCUGAUAUUAAUUUGGCAUGGGGACUGCUAAUGCUUGAAGAUGUCGUGUAGGCUUCAAGAUAACUGCUAUUGCUUGAAGAUGUCGUGUAGGCUUCAAGAUAACUGCUAUUGCUUGAAGAUGUCAUCUGUGCUUCAAGAUGAUUGGAUAUGUUUAUUUUUUAAAUUUUCUUUUAUAUAAUUUAUCAAGAAAUGGAAGGUUUUCACUUGUUACAUUUGCCCAAACACAGUAUUUUGUAUCCUAACGAGGAAGUAUAAUUGUCUUUUAAUCCAAUUCGUUGCUUGUUAA